AACGUGAGAGUGCAAAUCCAUUGGGAACGUUACAUUUCUACUAACAUGUCUGUUAUGUAAGCUACAUUAGGCGUGCAUACGUCAUUCACGCACACCUUAAUUUUACUGGGGGUAUAUUUACUACCGCUGCUGCGGCUGACGUGUGCUGUCCAUAUUCAUAUAACAUAAAACGCAGCAAGAAGUGUUAAUGUCGAUAAUUAGACUUGAUGUGGUCGGGGUUAUGAGUGGAGUGUGAAUGACGGAAGUGAUUCGGACUCGUGAAAUAAAUAUGAUUAUCAACCCCAACACAUGUUCACGUUACACACUGCAGUGUGUUAUUCAGUACAGAGCGAUAGUUUUAAAUGUUUCAAACAGCAUAAACAGAAAUAAGUGAGAGUUUUAAGAUUGCGAAAUUCCACUGGAGUUUAACAUCAGUGGGCGUGGGUGACCUAUAGCGUAUGAUAAAACAAACGCGUGGGUAUAUAACUCCGCUGUUUAAAUGUUUGUUUUUAUCAUUCGGAGAAUGAAACCGGAACAUUAGAAGCCUGGUGAAUCAGGGACACUGAAGCAGAGAAGAAGUUAUACAUACAACAUGGAACUGAACAUCGUAUUCUUCGUGUUGAACCUGUGUCAUUUCUGUGUUAUAACGGUUGGACAUUUCCGGAAACAAGAUGGUUGCCCAUCCUCACAAUGGUCCAUGAACAUUCCACGCGAGAGAUGUCUAAAAUUUUAUCCAGAAUUCCAUGACUUCGCACACGCCGAACAAUUAUGCCAGAAAGACGGGAGCAACAUUCCUUAUAUGGACAUCGAUGUUGAUGUGACGUCAGCAUUUCAAUAUCUUUAUUUAAAUUUCACCAAUUCAUCUUUUCAAUUUUGGACGAGAAAGCAUCAAAGUAGCAUAGGAAGGACUGUAAGCAAAAGAACAACAAACAAAGCGAAAAGUUGCGAAUUUAUAAAAAUGGGACGAGAAUGGAAUAUUUCAAGACAUACAAGAAAUUGUAAUGAAGACACAGCAGUGCUUUGUGAAUACAUAAUGAACGAUUCAACAUACAAACUGUUUCCAGAAGAUCUUUACGUUUUGGAUACCCGGGAUCUCGUCGCUAUAGGAGCUGGAAUAUUUAUUGUAGCAGUAUUCAGUCUCGUCGUUCUCAUGGACAUUAUAAAACAUAUCAGAAGUCCGGAACGAAAGACGACCGACAUCACACGUGUGUGAUACCCGUUUAGAUAGCUGUAUCGCUAGACAACGUGAAUUAUUUAUGGCCUAAUUUCUUACCCGAGACGAAAAUAGUACUUCUCGUUUCUCACGGGAUUCUUCGAAAUGCUCGCCUUUGCGUCACUCUCGGUAGAAUUCGUAAAGUACAUCAGAGAUUGCCGAACCUCAUCAGUUCGGCCUACGGUAGCCCUGGGCAGCUUGGCCUUCGGCUCACUUGACAUUGGUUUCCUGACAGCGAUACUCUCAAAUGGAAUGGAUCAGCUUCACAAUAGCUUCAUUGCUGUAUACCAAAGUAAAGAGAUUAGCUAAGUGUUUACCAGACAAAUUGACGCUUGGAAUCUAACAAGCUCAGUUGUCUUCGUGUUAUUACGAUUGUUGUUAAGCCUGUAAUAUGUAAUACUUCAUCGAUUAGGUGUAAUAUUGCAAUGAGAUCCGCAUUUGCAAAUGGAAUCAUUGAAAGCAUGAACAAAUCAAUAAAAUGUCGACCCCUUCUUACGCACCAUAGGAGAUCGGUCCUGAAUAAUGAAUGAUAACCUGAAUCAAUUUAACAAAUAGACUAAACAAGCUCUUUGCUCUCGCAAUUUUCAUAUGUUAUAUAUUUAUUUUCUUGUGAGACUAAUAUUCUACGGUCUACAGACCGGAACAUAUGGUUAGAAGCACACAUUCCAGAAGACAACCGUUUUGUGAUACUCAUAUUCCGAGGCCUACGGUCCUGGAACUUAUGGUCAGAAGCAAGCGCUGCAGAAGACAACCGUUUUGUAAGACGAAUUUCAGAACUUAUAUUCAAUCCGUGAUUUGUUUUAAGAUUUAGAGCGGGGUCUGAUGUGCCUGGACACUCGAGGAUUACUUGUUGUCAAGGCUUAUCUUGAGCGUAGUCACUUUAACCAAACCAUUUUUUACAAAACGUGGUCAAUGCAUCUAUAAAAACAUAAAUCAAACCUUCCAGCUCCUAUGCAUUGUAGUGAACAUUUUGAUAAAUUGUUACGUCGCUCGAUUUAAACUUCCAACAAGGUUUGAAAAGCUGAUGGAAGCUAACUUUUUAUACAAAUGUGAUGACGUAACAAGAUAGCAACGAGGAGAUUAUUUGAUUUGUUCUAAAGCGUCUGGUUACAUCCGACCCCGCUCAAUAGAAUACAACUGUUACAUACACCAAAUCGUCACUUACCAGAGACGAUAUACUGACAUGUCCUUAACAUUUGUGCCUUUUGCAAUAUUAAAUAAGGUUUCCGAUGUAGAUUUGUUUUCCUUGUAUUGUAUUCCUUAAUUACACAAGUUUCCUUACAAAGAACAAUUUAUGGAGUCUUCUUUUGAAUACACUUUGUCUUGGAGUAAGAAGAAUUUCGGAAGCCUCAUUUAAAUAAUUAAUUCACUUUAUCGACAAGAAAUUACAAUAAAAACGCAAUAGAACUAUGUCACAUUUAAAUGUUUCAUCUUGAAAUAAGACAAAUUUUGGAACCACUUUUAAAUGAUUAAUUUAAUUAACAAAAAAAACCCGCGAUUGAAGACGUCAAAGAGUUCCACUUUUCCAUAUUUUGAGACACGAUAAUGCUAUGAAUCUCACGUUAUUACAUUUCCUCUCUUCAGAAGAAAUCAUGAUACCUAAUCCCCCCCCCCCUCCCGUAUUUAAAACGUUUCAAACGCUAAUAGAAUAUACAAUCGAUGUGCAUUCAGAAUAAAACAUAGGAUGGAUAAAAGGAGUCUUUAUAAGC